UUCCCUCUGGACAUGUUGUGAUAAAUCUCCCCCUCUGUGUAUAGAGUUAUUUUUAGGUAACAGAUAUGAAAAGCAAAACAGGACAUUUCCCAGAUCUCCAAAUGUGUUCUUUACCCUCUGGUCAGUCAUGCAUUAAAUGGAAUGAGAGACAUUCUGCAAAAUCCCACUUCCACUUUACUAUAAGAGAGUAGUUGAGUUCCCUGGCAGGGAGACAGGGGUGGUUUGGAGCACACAGCUGUAUUAUAGAGUAGCUGGAUGUCACUGGUGAUAGAUUUGUAUAUUUGCAUGUCCCAGCCCACUAGCUUUCAGGCCUUCCCCCACCAUCUCUGCUGUAUUCUCAGCAAUCUAGCAUUCACUCAAAGUAGUAGGAGACACAAAAUCCUCCAAGCCUGCUCUCCCCUGUGCACUCACUAUGCUGGAUUGCCUGGUGGUCCUGCUGCAUGAAGGAGGAUUUCUAAUGACUUGCCCCUCUAUAGUGGAGAGCAGUGCACGCUCCAGGGACACUUUCCAAAUCUAGGAGUUGCAAUAUAAGAAUUUUGGGAUUAUUAUUUAAUUUUUUUUUUUUUUUUUUUUUUUUUUUGUAAAGAGCAGGAGGGAGCCUCAGCAAAAAUCUGCUGUUGCUUCCCAUGACAAACAUGCAUCUUGCCUUUUGGCUACUGGUAUUACUCAUAUUACUACAAGACAUCUUGAAUGUAACACCAGCAGCAGGACCUAAACUUCACCCAAGGCAAGCAAAGCUCCUCCAGAGUCUGAGUGACUAUGAGAUAGUGACUCCUACAAGAGUGAAUGAGUUUGGAGAAAUGUAUCCCAACAAUAUGCACUUCAGAAGGAAGAAGAGAGAUGUCAAGACCUCUGCAGACCCUGACCUCUGGGCCAAUUCUACUACACAUUAUAGACUUGCAGCUUUUGGACAGAAGUUCUUAUUUAAUCUAAGUGCCAACUCUGGAUUUAUUGCACCGGUGUUAACUGUGAGUCUCUAUGGGAAACCUAAUGGGAACAUGACUGACUACAACCAUGACACCGACUUUGGGCAUUGCUUCUACACUGGACAUGUGAAUACAAGGACAGAGCAUAUUGCAGUCAUCAGCCUGUGCUCAGGAAUGCUCGGCACCUUCAAGUCUCAGGACGGGGACUAUUUUGUUGAACCUUUGCUCUCAGCAGAUGGGGGAGAGUUUGAUGAAGAAGAAAACAAACCACACAUAGUGUAUAGACACAUCACACCUCAGCGAAAUGCAUCAAGGGAAAAAAAGACAUGUGACACAACAGGCCAAAAAUCUAAUCCAAUCAGACAGAAGAAAAGUAGAAAUUCCCAGAAACAGAACAGCAUGUACUCAAAUGUAGACAAUCUAAGAAGGGGGCUGCUAGUAAACCAGGAACCCUCAUACAACAACACUGAUAAGAUCGAUGGAACACGCACUCACAAAAGAACAAAGCGCUUUUUGUCUUACCCUCGGUAUGUUGAAGUGAUGGUGGUUGCUGAUAACAAGAUGGUUGAAUAUCACGGCGCUAAUCUCCAGCAUUAUGUUCUAACGCUUAUGUCCAUAGUAGCCUCGAUUUAUAAAGAUCCAAGCAUUGGGAAUUUAAUCAAUAUUGCCAUAGUAAAGUUAGCUGUAGUCCUCGAUGAGCAGGAGGGUCCUUCUAUUUCUUAUAAUGCUCAAACAACAUUAAAAAAUUUUUGCAUAUGGCAACAGUCCCAGAACAACCCAGAUGACAACCAUCAUUCACAUCAUGAUACAGCGGUGCUAAUAACAAGACAGGAUAUAUGUAGAGCUCAAGAGAAAUGUGAUACUUUAGGUCUGGCUGAACUUGGUACAGUGUGCGAUCCAUACAGGAGUUGCUCUAUCAGUGAAGACAAUGGCCUAAGCACGGCGUUUACGAUAGCACAUGAGCUUGGACAUGUAUUCAAUAUGCCGCAUGAUGACAGUAAUAAGUGUAAAGAAGAGGGGGGCAAGCAGCAACAUGUUAUGGCUCCAACGCUCAAUUUUUACACCAACCCCUGGAUGUGGUCCAAAUGUAGCAGGAAGUAUAUCACACAGUUCCUAGAUACAGGAUAUGGGGAAUGCUUGCUUGAUGAACCUGUAUCAAGAUCAUACUCCUUGCCUCAGCAAAUGCCUGGUGUCAUAUACAAUGUCAAUAAGCAAUGUGAGUUGAUAUUUGGGCCUGGAUCGCAGGUGUGCCCAUAUAUGCAAAUGCAGUGUCGGAGACUGUGGUGCAUUAACAUGGAGGGGCCUCACAAAGGCUGCCGGACUCAACACACCCCUUGGGCGGAUGGGACUGAAUGUGAGCCCGGAAAGCACUGCAAAUAUGGCUGGUGUAUUCCGAAAGAACGUGAUUCUUCAGUUGUCGAUGGUUCCUGGGGACCUUGGAAGCCAUUUGGUGCUUGUUCUAGAUCUUGUAGUGGUGGAAUUAAAACCGCCAUUAGAGAAUGCAACAGACCUGAGCCAAAGAAUGGUGGUAAAUACUGCGUGGGACGCAGGAUGAAAUUUAAGUCUUGCAAUACUGAGCCCUGCUCAAAGCAGAAGAAGGAUUUUAGAGAGGAGCAGUGCUCUGAUUUUGAUGGGAAACAUUUCAAUAUCAAUGGCCUACCUCCUAAUGUGCGCUGGGUGCCUAAGUACAGUGGGAUUCUAAUGAAGGACCGCUGUAAACUAUUCUGCCGUGUGGCAGGAAGCACAGCCUAUUAUCAGCUCAGGGACAGAGUUGUCGAUGGAACAUCAUGCGGACCAGACACAAAUGAUAUCUGUGUGCAAGGACUGUGUCGGCAAGCUGGUUGUGAUCACGUCCUAAACUCAAAAGCUAGAAGAGAUAAAUGUGGCGUUUGUGGCGGAGACAAUUCAUCCUGCAAAACGAUAGCUGGAACAUUUAACAUAGUUCUUUACGGCUACAAUACAGUGGUACGUAUUCCAGCUGGUGCUACUAACAUUGAUGUGCGGCAGCACAGCUACUCAGGGAAGCCGGAAGAUGACAACUACCUUGCUUUAACAAACAGCCAUGGGGAAUUCCUUCUAAAUGGUGACUAUGUGGUCAGUAUGUUCAAAAGGGAAAUCAAAGUGGGCAACGCAGUGAUUGAGUACAGCGGGUCAGACCACACAGUGGAGAGGAUUAAUUGUACUGAUCGAAUUGACCAAGAAAUUGUGCUUCAGAUAUUAUCAGUUGGCAAUUUAUAUAACCCAGAUGUUCGAUAUACUUUUAAUAUUCCAAUUGAAGAUAAACCUCAGCUUUUCUAUUGGAAUCCCUAUGGACCAUGGCAGGCAUGCAGUAAAGUCUGCCAGGGAGAAAGGAAAAGAAAACCUAUAUGUACAAGAGACUCUGAUCAUCUAGUGGUGUCAGAUCAAAGAUGCGAUCGAAUCUCCCUACCCGAGCUCAUCACUGAAUCCUGUAACAAUAACUGUGAAUUAAGGUGGCACAUGGACAGAAAAAGUGAAUGCAGUGCCCAGUGCGGCCCAGGUUACCGGAUACUCGAUUUCUACUGUGCAAAAGUCAUUAAGUCAGAAGGAAAGAUGGAAAAGGUAGAUGAUCGGUUCUGCAACGGAGUACAGAAACCCAACAGCAAGGAGAAAUGCUACGUGGACUGUAAUACCGGAAGAUGGAGCUACUCAGCUUGGUCAGAAUGCUCUAAAAGUUGUGGAACUGGCACAAGGAGACGAAGGGCAGUGUGUGUCAAUUCUUUCCGGGAAGUUCUCGAUGAUUCGAAGUGUAACCAAGGAAAGCUGACAGAAGAGAGAUGCAGCGAUGUCAUGUGUCCGCAGUGGAAGACAGGUGACUGGUCAGAUUGCCUCGUAACUUGUGGAAAGGGUCACAAACAUCGCCAGACCUGGUGCCAGUUUGGAGAAAGUCGAGUAAAUGACAGAGUUUGUGAUCCAGAGACUAAGCCUGUAUCAGUACAGACUUGUCAGCAGCAAGAAUGUGCAUCAUGGCAAGUUGGUCCAUGGGGACAGUGUACAGCUUCGUGCGGAAUCGGUUAUCAGAUGAGAGCAGUGAAAUGUGUUGUGGGUGUUUAUGGCGCUGUGGUGGACGAUAGUGACUGCAAUGCAGCAACCCGACCUACAGACACUCAGGACUGUGAAACAGCUGCAUGCCCAGGCAUUCCUGAAACCAAACAGAUUGUCCACAGCAAGACACAGUGGAGAUUUGGAUCCUGGACACCUUGCUCAGCAACUUGUGGUAAAGGGAACAGAAUGAGAUACGUCAGUUGCCGUGAUGAGCAAGGUGCAGUGGCAGAUGAAACGGCUUGUUCCCACCUACCAAAGCCAUUAGCAACUGAAGUGUGCACAGUGACUCCAUGUGGACAAUGGAAAGCACUAGAAUGGAGUUCUUGCUCGGUGACCUGUGGCCAGGGGAAGGCUGUGAGGCAAGUGAUUUGUGUGGAUUUCAUUGGCCAAUCAUUUGAUAAUACCGAGUGUGAUCCAGAAGACAGUCCACAGACCGAGCAAGAGUGUUCCCUUUCCCCCUGUCACUAUGUCAACCAUGACUAUAGCAGGCCCAUGCAUCCUUUCACAAAUGUUGACCAAAGAGUUAGAUUAAACCCAACCUUGGCCAUCUUAACCAGGAACAAUGGUCGUUCUUCUGGUACAAGUGAAAGUCAGUGGAGAAUAGGUCCAUGGGGAGCGUGUUCUAGCACAUGUGCAGGUGGAUUCCAGCGACGUGUGGUGGUUUGCCAAGAUGAAAAUGGGUAUUCUACUGCCAACUGUGAUGAGAGAAGCAAGCCUGCUGAGCAACGGCCGUGUGAAUCUGGACCUUGUCCUCAGUGGGCAUUUGGCAACUGGGGGGAGUGCUCAAAAAAAUGUGGUUCCGGGACAAGGACAAGACUUGUCAUAUGCCAGAAACCUAAUGGGGAGCGAUUCAAUGAUCUUAGCUGCGAGAUACUAGACAAACCCCCGGACCGCGAACAAUGUAACACUCAUAGUUGUCCUCCAGAUUCUGCAUGGAAUACAGGUCCUUGGAGCUCGUGCUCUGUGUCGUGUGGACGUGGUGUGAAGACUAGAGCUGUGUACUGUGUGGCUAAAGAUGGAUCCAAUGUGGGAAAUGACUACUGCAAGCACCUUGCCAAGCCAAACAUACAGAAAAAAUGUCGAGGGGGGCGGUGCCCAAAGUGGAAAGCAGGAGAGUGGGGAAAAUGUUCAGUAACGUGCGGCCGAGGUGUACAACAGAGGAGCGUUUUUUGCCAAGUUGGUACUCAGAAGUUGUCCAAGGCAUCAGACUGCCAUCAGUCUACAAGACCUGUGUCAGAGCAAAUUUGCCAGAGAGAGGAUUGUCCAGUUUACACUUGGAAAGCAGAAGAAUGGCAAGACUGCAGCAAGACUUGUGAUGGAGGAUUCCGCUACCGUAAAGUUUACUGCACCAAAACAGAUAAGGAAGAAGUCCCGGCCUUCGAAUGUGAUGAUAACAGCAGGCCAUCUGAUGUAGAUAGCUGUAACCUACAGUCUUGUGAAUACAUCUGGAUAACUGGGGAGUGGUCUGAGUGUUCAGUGACAUGCGGCAUGGGCUAUCGGCAGAGACUUGUGUCAUGCAGUGAAGUAUAUUCAGCGAAAGACCAUUAUGAGUACGGCUACCAGAGCUCUGCGAAUUGCCCAGGAACCCAACCUAGCAAUAUGCAGAGCUGCUUCUUAGGAGAAUGUCCUGUUAUGGCUUCAUGGAGGGUGGGCAACUGGGGGAAGUGCUCUGUUACCUGUGGAGUUGGUUUUCUGCAGCGUUCUGUGCAGUGCUUAACCAACAAUGACUCGCCCAGCAACAUGUGCUCUAUGGAUAUAAGACCAGAGGAGAGGAGGCCGUGCUACAAUCCUCAUGACUGCGAGUUACCGCAAAGUUGUCAAGACAUCAAAAGACUCCAGAGCAUUAGCAAAGAUGGCGAACACUAUAUAGCAGUGCAAGAAAAAGUAAUAAAGGUUUAUUGUUCCGGGAUGCAGUCAGACAGCCCUAAGGAGUAUGUGACUCUCAUAAGUGAUGAGGCAGAAAAUUACUCCGAGGUGUUUGGCUACAGAUUACAGAACCCAACAGAAUGUCCAUACAAUGGGAGCAGAAGAGAAGACUGUCCAUGUAAAAGAGACUAUACAGCAGCUGGGUUUUCCACUUUUAGUAAAGUGCGGCUGGAUCUGACAACUUUACAAAUUAUAACAACAGAUCUGCAGUUUGCACGUACUGUUGAUGGACGACCUGUUCCGUUCGCCACAGCUGGGGACUGUUACAGUGCAGCAAAGUGCCCUCAGGGUCGAUUUAGCAUCAACCUUAAAGGAACUGGCCUUUCUGUAUCAGAAACAACAAAAUGGAUGUCGCAAGGCAACUAUGCAGUUACUGAAAUAGCCAAAUCACCAGAUGGAACUAAAGUCACAGGAAAAUGUGGUGGUUAUUGUGGGAAAUGUAUUCCGUCCUCCGCAAGCGGCCUCCGUGUUCAGCUGUUAUAGAACUGGUGCUUUAAAAAUAAAAAGAUAUCAGAAGUUCAGAUGGAUAAAGACUUGUGUUGCAAUACCUCUUCCUCAUCGUUUGUACAUAUGUAAAUAGAUUGUAUACCAAGUGAUGUAUAGAAAAAUAUUUAUGUCUAAGGUUAUUUAUUUUAAUAUUUUGUGUGCGUAAAAUGUCUCUCGUAAGCCCUCCCCUGCGGGACGUGCCUCUAGGUUCUCAUGUGUCUGGAGCCGUCAUCAGUGAAGUGGUUUGGCUGCUUGAUUCUUUAUUUUAUUUUUUUAUUUUUUUGUCCCACUUUUGCAGUCCAUCCACUGCAUUUUAGGUGCUCUACAUCAUAUGUAGCGUAUUGACAUGAGUGAUGCUUUCUUGUCACAGGUUUUAACUGUUCAUCAUUUUUCCAGUUGGCUUAUAAGCGCUUCGGUGCUUUGCAAGUAUUAACAGUGUAUGCUUGGUAUUUUCUCCAAAAUGUUUAUAGGAAGAAACACUUUUAUAUAAUUGUUACAUAAGUAGUACAGAGACCUGUAAAACCUGAAUGUCCAACAGAUGAUUUUCUCUCAUUUCUAUUAUAAUUUCAACUCCAUGAAAUCUAUCCUCACUUUUGCAUAUAGUUUACAUUCACUCCUGCUGUUAGAUGCUUGCCGUGUGUAUGAGUACAGCAUUCACAAUAUUUUGGCCUUAAUGAAGACCUUACACUAUACUUCUAUGAGCUAGACAUAGCAGUAGGGAUACCUUGCAAGUGGAAACAUGUUUAAGGUGGUUCUCUGUGGUUAUCAAUUCAUUAGAAAGUAUAGGAUUUCUUCUAUUUUUUGGGGUAUUGUCAAAAGCCAGCUUCAUCUAGCUUGGCACCAUAAAGGGUCCUGAUCCAUCCAGACAGAUGUACAAGUUCCAUAUCGGUGGAAUUUGAAAACACUGCAGAUAGAAUUCACAUCCACAAACACCCUAUGAUUAUAAGUAAAAAUUCACUGAUAAUGAACAUCUACGUAAACAUCUGUCAUUAGAAAAACUUUUUAUAUAAUGUAGAACAUAACAUUAUAUGUAUAUUUGCAAUAUACACUGGUUAAAAAAAUGUGUAUGUUUUUGUCCCUGCAGUUAUUGCCUGUGUGCUUCUGUAAAGAGACCAAAUACAGGAAGUGUGUGCUGGACAAGCAGGGCUCUGUGCAAUGAGGCUCUGUGACACGCCCCCUGGCUCACACAGCAGGAUGAUUGACAAGUCAGGAGCCUGCACAGAGCCCUGCUUUUCCUACCCUCAUGUCCUGUAUUUGGAAGUAGCUACAGGGACAA